AUGAAGCUCUUCGCCAUCGCUGCCUCCUUCAUUGCCGCUCUGGCGGGCGUUUCGGCCAGUCCUUACCUCGAGUUCUGUGAUCUACUGGACGUUCAGAGCGUCGGCGCUCAAGGCGUCGUAAUUCAGGCCGCCUGUGAGGGCAAGUGUCAGCAACUCAACAUUGUCCCUUGCUUUGCCAAUUCCUACGGUACUCUCGUGUCCGCAGGUACUACAAACGGCAACUUCAACAAUACUUGCAGCGGUUGCACUCUGGGAACCUCCAAGAAUGACACUGAGACGUACGGACUUCUCUCUUGCUUCUGCUCAAAUGGAGCAGCCGACGUCGUGGUCAGCACUUCUUAUCAGACCGGAAAUGCUCUUCGAUUCGAAACUGAGUUGGGCAUCACUUGCCCCUACGGCAACGGCAGAGCAGUUCGAUCGGUUGACUGCGGUACUACAACCUUCAAGCAUGACUCCGUCAUCCAUAAUAAUUCGGUCGCUGGGAACAAGCGUGGCCGUAAGGUCCGCCGCUCCAUGCGAAACACCAAUGCCUGGAAGACCUAG